UUAUUUAUUAUUUAUGUGAAGUUUAAUCAAUGGUUGAUCACUAAAAACUGUCAAUCAAACUGACAAUGAGGACAUCAUCCAAUCCUGGGCUGUGCCCACGGGAGAGGGGCAGGGCUUCAGUGUGUAAUCUGUGUGGAAUGAUGGGAGGGGUGGGAUUAGGACUUCAUUACCCAGCAUGCUCUCUGUGUAUGUGUGUAAAAUCCCUAAAGAAGAUUAAAGUGGAUCAGAGAGAGAGACGACAUGCCGCUGAAAAGAGAAGAUACUGAACGUGCUCUCCAGGUGAUGGAGGCCUGUCAGACUGGAGCUGCUGAAGGGGUCAAAGGUCGAGCAGAGAAACUGCUCAACAUCUUCCAGAGUGACUUGUUCCAGGCUCUGCUGGACAUCCAGGAGUUCUACGAGCUGACGGUGUGUGAGAACCAGGUAACAGGAAGCCAACCACCCACACCUGGACAGAAGUAUCGUUACCAAGACGAUGAGACUCCGCCUGUCGAUCCCAGCCCCGGUCACAUGAUCCACGGACGCAGCACUGAACUGAGCCACACACAUCUGGACGGAUACACACACCCUGCUGCACUCACCAUGAACGGAUCCGAGGGAGAACUGGAGUAUGAAGAGAUCACACUGGAGAGGGGGAACUCUGGUCUGGGCUUCAGUAUCGCAGGAGGAACCGAUAAUCCUCACAUCGGAGACGACCCGUCAAUCUUCAUCACCAAGAUCAUCCCCGGAGGAGCCGCCGCCCAGGACGGACGCCUCAGGGUUAACGACAGCAUCGUAUUCGUUAACGACGUGGACGUGCGUGAGGUCACUCACUCCAUCGCAGUGGAGGCCCUGAAGGAGGCGGGGCCUGUCGUCAGGCUGUAUGUCUUAAGGCGACGCCCACCGAGUGAACGCAUCACUCAGAUCAAACUGAUGAAAGGACCGAAAGGUCUCGGGUUCAGUAUCGCAGGUGGGGCGGGGAACCAGCACGUUCCUGGAGACAACAGCAUCUACGUCACCAAGAUCAUCGAGGGCGGGGCUGCACACCGCGAUGGACGGCUACAGAUCGGGGACAAAAUACUGGCUGUGAACCACGUGUCUCUAGAGGACGUCCUGCAUGAAGACGCCGUGUCGGCCCUGAAGAACACAGGGGAGGUGGUCUACCUGAAGGUGGCCACUCCUACCUCGCAAUACAUUCACCCGUCCGAUCGAUACAGCCCCCCCGACCUGACCAGCUCCUAUAUGGAGCCAGACUACAUGUGUGAUUACCCACAAGCCCUCCCUCCUCCAUCGCCACGACGGUACUCACCCGUCCCCCGGGGCAUGAUGGGAGAAGACGACUACUCACGGGAGCCUCGCAGAGUUUGUGUGCAGCGCGGCUCCACCGGCCUGGGCUUCAACAUCGUGGGUGGAGAGGACGGAGAGGGAAUCUUCAUCUCCUUCAUCCUCGCAGGAGGACCAGCUGACCUGAGUGGAGAGCUCCGGAAAGGAGACCAGAUCCUCAGUGUGAACGGCGUGGACCUCAGGUACGCGACACAUGAGCAGGCGGCGGCGGCUCUGAAGAACGCAGGACAGACGGUCACCAUCGUGGCGCAGUACAGACCAGAGGAGUACAGUCGCUUCGAGGCGAAGAUCCACGACCUGAGGGAGCAGAUGAUGAACAGCUCGUCUGGGAGCCUGAGAGCCAACCGCAGCUUCUACAUCAGGGCCUUGUUUGACUACGACAAGCAGUGGGACUGUGGCGUCCUAUCACAAGCUCUGGACUUCAACUUUGGGGAGGUUCUUCAUGUGAUGGACAGUGCAGAUGACGAGUGGUGGCAGGCGAGGAGAGUGAGCCAGCAGGGGGAGCUGGAGGAGCUGGGAUACGUCCCCUCCAAACACAGGGUUGAGAGGAAGGAGUGGUCGAGGAUGAAGAGUAAAGGUAGAGAAGGGUUCGUUCACAGCUACGAGCUCAUCACUCAAAUUGAAGUGGACUACGCUCGUCCCGUCAUCAUCCUGGGGCCGACCAAAGACAGAGUCAACGACGACCUGUUGUCCGAGUUCCCCGACAAGUUCGGCUCAUGUGUCCCUCACACAACUCGCCCUCAGAGGGACUACGAGGUGGAUGGGCGGGACUACCACUUUGUGUCGUCACGGGAACAGAUGGAGCGGGACAUCCAAUCACAUCGCUUCAUCGAGGCGGGGCAGUACAACAACCACCUGUACGGGACGUCGGUGCAGAGCGUCCGGCAGGUGGCCGAGCAGGGGAAACACUGCAUCCUGGACGUGUCGGCCAACGCCGUGAGGAGGCUUCAGGCGGCUCAGCUCCACCCAGUCGCCAUCUUCAUCCGGCCACGGUCCCUGGAGAACAUCCUGGAUCUGAACAAGCGUCUGUCGGAGGAUCAGGCGAGGAAAGCUUUGGAACGAGCCGUGAAACUGGAACAAGAUUUCCUCGAGUGUUUCACAGCCAUUGUGCACGGCGACAGCUUCGAGGAGGUGUACCACCUGGUGAAAGCUGUCAUCGAGGAGCAGAGCGGCCCUUACAUCUGGGUCCCGGCCCGCGACAGACUCUGAUUGGCCAGUGUCAAAUCACGGGCACCUUCACCAUGGAAACGGCGUCCACCAGCCCCCCCCCCUCGGGCCCCCAGCCCUCCACAGCUCCUCCCCCUCAGAGGCGUGGCCUGAUGGAGAGCAGACUUUGGUCUUUUUACCAUUUUAGUUACUUACAGUCACGGGAGGACAGGGGAGCUGAUUGGAUGACUGCUGCCACCAUGGCAACCGAGCGAGCGAGAGAGAGAGGGCGUCCCUGUGUGUCUCUCCACGUGUGUGUGUGUGUGUGUGUGUGUGUGUGUGUGUGUGUGUGUGUGCGUGUGUGUGAGGAGAAGAUGCUGACGAGUGAUGGACUCGUGUAUUAUCAGUAAAUAAUGAAUCUGAGACAUUAGAGUUCAGUUGGUAUUGAAGUAUUUAUAUUAUCCUAUUCAUUUAUUUAUCUAUCUAUUAAUUGAUUGAUUGAUUCAUGUGAUGUGAACAUGGUGAGUGUGUGUGCGUUUGUGUUGUGUACAUAAAGACUUGUGUGACUGUAAAUAAAAUGAUGGGGCUCAAACACACAGUCUAUUCAGGGCUUAUCAAACAACCACUGGACUACAACACCCACAAUCCUCCCUCACCCCACACCCAUCACCCCCCUCUGUUGCAGUGGACAGUGUGGACAGGAAGUAGAUCAAAAACUUUUUUUAGGCUGAGGACUACAUUUCCCAUGUUUCCGGCUGCAGUGACUGCACAGUAGGACUACAUUACCCAGAAGUCCGAGCUAAAGACCUCUGAGCCACAAUCCCUGGCUGUAGGUUGACUAGGCCUCGCUGUGGACUACAAUACCCAUGAUUCACUGCUGCUGAACAGGACAAGAAGGAGGGGCCAGCUGGGGGUGCAGCCAAUGCUAACCUGGGUAUGGUGGGGGCGUGGCAAGGUCACCUGUCACCCCGCCCACUCCCAUGUCUCCAACAAAUGACUCUAUUACCCAGACUGCUUUGGGAGUCCUGUGACCAUGGCAACUGGGACUGAGGAUGGAUCCAAAGAUUGGGGUCAUGUGACUUAUUCUAAUAAUUAAUAUAAUGAUCAUAACUAUUGAUGAUGUAAUAUCAUCAAACACACACAUAUAUAUAUAUACACACACACAUAAACACUAACACACACACACAUAUAUAUAUGUACACACAAGCACCCACUCACACUAACACACACACUUGUUGUAUAAUGAAAAUAAAUUAUUAUAAGAAACUGAACUGAGAUAUGUGAUAAGAGGGUGAAAGAGUGAUAGAGUGAGAGAGUGAGAGAAUGAGGGGAUGAGAGAGUGAGAACUUGUGACUGUGAGAAGAUAAUAAAACAUCCGAAU